AUGAGCAAAUCUAACGUCGAAAGAUCGGUCGCGGCUGAUGAACACCAUCGCUACGAUGAGAGCCAAGGGCCAGAUUCGGAUGCUUCAUCAGAAAACGUUGCUAUUCUCACGCCUGUAGGAAAGACAGCGUCUGCGAACUCUUCGGACUCGCUGUUGGGAGCAUUGCAAAACGAGGAAGAGCACGAUAUCAAGUACAAGACGUGUUCUUGGCAGCACACAACGGGACUGCUGCUUUCUGAGUACAUUGUGCUAGCCAUAAUGUCGUUUCCUUGGUCCUACUCGGUGCUGGGCAUCGUGCCAGGUAUCAUCCUUACCCUGUUUGUCGCAGGAACGGUGCUAUACACGGGUCUAACGAUUAUCGAUUAUUGCGAGAAAUUCCCACACCUGAAAAGUGUGUGUGAUAUCGGUCAACAUCUGUUUUGGGGCAAACGGUGGGCGUGGUACGCUACCCUGUUGUGUUUCUUGGCCAACAAUACGCUUAUUCAAGGGUUACACGUGCUGGUAGGCGCCAAGUACCUCAACACGGUCACCAACCACUCGUUGUGCACAGUGGACUUUAGCGUGAUCGUGGCGUGCAUCGCGUUUGUGGUUUCCAUUCCUAGGACGUUCUCGUCUUUGUCGAAAGUUGCGUACUUCUCAGCCAUCACCAUGUUCAUCGCUGUCGUAUUGGCCAUGAUUUUUGUGGGGGUGCAAGACCACCCAGCCGGUUACGAUGGCACGCCUGUGACAUUCCGGGCGUUCCCCAAAGAGGGCACCACCUUCGUAGAUGGGAUGGGUGCCUUCUUGAAUAUCGUCUACACAUUUGUGGGUCAAAUCACCUACCCACAGUUUAUAUCUGAGAUGAAGAGACCUGGGGAGUUCAGGAAGGUGCUUUACAUUGUGACGCUUUUAGAAGUGGUAAUCUUCACAUUAGCUGGUGUCAUCAUCUAUGUCUAUGUGGGCAACGAAUACGUCACGGCGCCAGCUUUCGGCUCACUCACCAGGACCUACAAGAUCAUCUCGUUCUCGUUCGCAGUACCCACACUUAUUUUUGCAGGGUCAUUGUACGCCAACGUUUCCGCUCGCUUACUCUUUUUUACCUUUUUCAAGCGUUCAAAGCACUUGUACUCUCACACAACUUUAGGUUGGGCUGCAUGGGUCGGCAUUCUGCUCGUGACCUGGAUCGUUGCCUUCAUCAUUGCAGAAGUGGUGCCGUUCUUUUCUGACCUGUUGUCUUUGAUGUCGUCGCUGUUCGACUGUUGGUUUGGAUUUGUUUUCUGGGGUAUGGCCUACUUCAAACUUAAGGAGGAAAAAUACCACACUCCAAAAUACUUCAAACUCUUGACUUUUACUGAGAAAAUUCACUUCUACAUUUCAAUAUUCCUCAUUGGAACAGGACUCUACAUUUUGGGGCCUGGUCUUUAUGCUGCGGUUCAAAGUAUCAUUUACAACUAUCAGGCCGAUGCCUAUGGAACCGUCUUUAGCUGUGCUUCGAAUGCCAGUUGA